AUGGCCUCUGUUCCUCCUUCCUCUUCCAGCCUCAUGGAGCUGGCGAACUUCAUUUCCCAGUCAGUCCCUAUGCUGCAGGAUGAGUCUUCAAAGCAUACAUGCAACGCGCGUGUAAAUGUAAUCGAGGCCUGUCGGAGGAUGCUGGCUCUCGUUACGAGUCCUGCUGAGAUGCUCAAAGAGAUGGCACUGAUUGACAGACAGAAUCUUGCAUCCCUGCAGGUCAUCAACCAUUACCAGAUUGCGACCAUCGUUCCUCUCAGUGGAAGUAUUGCUAUAUCUGAACUCGCGCAGAAGUGCGGGUUACCUGUGGACAUUCUCCGCCGGAUCUUGCGACAGGCCAUGACCUACGGUGUAUUCAGCGAACCGGAGCCAGACUGUGUUACGCAGACAGACGUCUCCAUGGAGAUACCCCGGCUGUCACCGCUGCUUACUUACCAGCUUGACGUUUGUUUACCGUCCAUGGUCCGGCUUCUGGACUGGUUGAAAGACGGUGACAGAGAACACAAGUGCGCAUAUCAGAUAGCUCAUAACACUAUGGAUACGUGGUGGACUUCUGCCUCCAAAAGACCGGAACUGAUCGAAAACUACGGAAAGUAUAUGGCAUUAAUUACCAGUGGUGGGGCCCAUGAUGUGAGUUACAUUCUAAAGGGCUUCGCCUGGGAGAAGCUGGGAAAAGCCAUUGUCGUCGAUGUUGGCGGGGCAGAUGGAUUCGUCGGGAUAAGGCUCGCAGAAGAGUAUCCUACUUUAGCCGUCAUCGUGGAGGACAAUCUCAAGCUGAAGGAUAGUGCCGAUGACAAUAUCCCUCGCCACUUGAAGUCAAGGGUCAUCUUCUUGCCUCACUCCUUUUUCAGGCCACAGUCGGCAUUAGGUCGCGAGGCAGAUGUGUUCCUCUUGCGACACAUUCUACACGACUGGAAUGACAAUGAUUGCCGGGCCAUCCUGCAGGCUCUUGCUGAUAGCAUGAAGUCAGGAGCAUCCAUCCUCGUGGCAGAGCAAAUUCUUCAAAGCCCUGGAACUGCGUCUUGGCAGCGCGAGCGAGUCAUGAGAGCGUUAGACAUGCAGAUGAUGAUUCAGUUCGGAAGCAAGGAAAGAUCCUACGAGGACUGGGACGCAUUGUUUAUGUCCAUCGAUCCACCCUUGGAAAUUGUGGGUUGCGUGCACCCAGCCGGCAGCGCGGACUCCUUUAUGGAACUGAAGAAGAGAGCAUAA